CACCGUACCGUGUAAAACAAACGCUACCUAAAUCCCCCUUCUUCUUCUGAGCUCCCACACUCUUCCACUCCCCAAUUUCGAAUUCGCGCGCAGAAAAUUCUACAAAUUUCUCCGCGAUUGAAGCAGCAGAAUAAAAUGCCUGCGGAUUUAUGCACUCAACGCCCACUCUUCGGUGGCGCCAUCUCCUCCACCUUUCCGCUUCGCUUCCAGGACGUAAGCAACAUGCGCCAAGUUCCUGAUCAUCAGGAGGUUUUUGUUGAUCCAGCGCGCGACGAGAGCUUAAUAUUUGAGCUCCUCGACUUGAAGACAGAUGUGGCGGAUCACGGAAGUGCCACGUGGUUUCUUCAAGACCUGGCUAAUGAGCAAGAUGCUGAAGGAGCAACGGUGCUUGAACAAUCAGGUGUAUUUGAGGCUGAUGCACUACGAUUUAGAGACAGUCCUGCUGUUAUUACAACUGCAGUUGGUCAGAUGGCCAUAUCUAAAGGUAGACAGGGAAGAGAUGCUCAAAACCUAGUUAAGGUUUAUCUGGCUAAUUUGCGCCUCAAGGAUGUUGGUACUGAUGUUCUGAUUACUGCAUACGAGCCCGUGAUGAUAAACCCUUUGAGUGAGAGUGCUGCAACCGUCGGUGCCGGCUUAGCCGUGCCUGCUGCACAGUCCGGAUGCAUGCCGAUGGAGGAGGUCUUCAGAGGUGCCAUCUCUAGUUUCAAGGUGAAUGACUGGAGUCUUUUUGGUGCCGUGGCUUGAGCUAGGCAUCUUGCUUACGUUACAGUUUCCGCUGUUUGUCUUUUAUCUAGAAUCGUCGGCAUUUCGAUACAUGUUUGUCUUUACGAAGAAAAAGUAUCCAAGAUAAUAGUGUUUUAUAUGGAGUAUUAAUCUUUGAACAAUAAUAUAAAUGUACACUGAUCAAUAGUCAAGGAUAUGGAAAUUCUCUUAA